AUGAAAAAAUAAGUUUUUAAAAAUGCAUACACAGGAAAAUGGUUAAAAUUUUUAUACGUAGAUUAUGAAAAUAAAGGCAAAUUGAUAAAAAAUUACGAAAUAAUACAAAGAGUAUCAAAUAAUAAUGAUUAAGAUAAUUUAACUUUAGGUAAAACACAUGGAGUUUCUGUAUAUCCAAUCAUAGAUAAUAAAAAGUUAAUAGUAAUAGCAAAUUUUAGAAUUCCAGUUAAUAAAUAUGUAUUAGAAAUUCCUUCAGGUCUUCUUGAAAGUUAAGAUUAUUUAUAAGAAGGUUUAAGAGAAUUAAAAGAAGAAACCGGAUAUUUGGGAUAAAAAGAAAUUAAUAUAUUAAAUGGAGAAGAAUAGCCUUUUUAUUACAUCGAUCCAUGGAAAAGUAACGAAAGUGGAAGGCUGAUGUUAAUACAUAUUGAUUAAUCAGAAAAUGGUAAUAUUUAAACAGAUUUGGAAGAUGCAGGAGAUAUAAAUGUUCACAUUUAGAUUUGA